ACGGCCGCCCGACUCAAUAGCGGCCGAGAAAACCGCCACAAAAAAAAAAUUGGCGCCCAGCAGCCAAAAUAAAACGGAACCAACCGUUAACUCGGCAACAGAACCCCCCCGUCGGUGCGUGUUUCGCGCGGAGUAAAGGCGGAGGCAUCCUCCCGCGUAGCGUUUUUACUCUCAGCGGCCCAGCUUAGCCGUGCGAAAGAUAACAGGAAGUUGUUAGCAUUGUGGGACGUGUAGUUCCGCUCGCAGGCCGCGGAGCUUGAUAACAACGCGGAGGAGAACGAAACAUUAAUAAAAUAGCCCAAAGUUGGCGGAAAUAAGGGAGUCGGUGCGCCGUCGGUGGAAGUAAACAUGCCCGGGUUCACCUGCUGUGUCCCCGGCUGCUACAACAACUCGCACCGGGACCGAGAGCUGCGGUUCUACACCUUUCCGAAGGACCCCGCGCAGAGGGAGAUCUGGCUAAAGAACAUCUCCCGGGCCGGGGUGUCCGGCUGCUUCAGCACCUUCCAGCCCACCACCGGACACCGAGUCUGCAGCGUGCAUUUCACCGGAGGGCGGAAAACGUACAACGUUAGAGUUCCGACCCUCUUCCCCCUGCGGGGAGUCAACGAGCGAAAGAACCGGAGGGGCCGGGGCCGGGGGAGGAAGGUCUCGGCGGUUCCGCCGCCUCCCGCCGGUGCCGCAACCGCCGCCGCCGCGGUGCCCACUGGCAUCGUCUUCGCCAACGUGGUCUCCGCCGCGGGGGAGGCCGUGGAGGGAGGCGCGUCCGCCGCAGCCAACCUCACCGUGGUCCAGAUCGACCAGAACGGGGAGUACAUCGUACCCGCCAACCCGGCGGAUCGGACCUACUACGGCGCCGCGACCGGGUCCGCCGACCAGCCGGGGCACCCGACGUCCGAGCCCCAGACGGUGCAGUACCUCAGCGUCAUCAGCAGCCCGCUGGACCACUCGUACUCUCUGACCACCGGCACCACGUCCGCCGAGCUGCUGAGGAAGCUCAACGAGCAGCGGGACAUCAUCGCCUUGAUGGAGGUGAAGAUGAAGGAGAUGAAGGCGACCAUCCGCCAGCUGCGGGUGACGGAGGCCAAGCUGCAGGAGGAGGUGCGCGAGCGGGACCGCCUGCUCGCCGGACCCGCGGCGGCUUUUACCGCACGGAAGAAAGUGUGACGCGGAGCUGACAGACCAACUGGGACUCGGACCGGUGGAACGGCGUCCAGCAGAGCUACGACUAUUUUCUAUUAGAUCGACGAGCGAUGACAAUUUAUUUUUAAAUGGUUUACAUGGCUGCUCCCCCCUUUGGCGUCAUGUAAUGGAUUGGUUGGUUAGGAAUGUAGUUGAUGAUAACUGUCCCAUAGAGCAGUGGCUCUCAGUCCAGUCCUGGAGGACCGUAAACACUGAUGCUGCUGCUGGUCUCUCUGUUCUGCCGGCUGAUGGGGCGCAUUCAGACGUUUGUGUCCGCAGCAUCUUUGUGCCAGAUGGGGAAGCAGGAUGACGCGGGCGCGGCAGAGCAGCGCGGCAGCAGUACUGGGGUUCCCCUGCGGGAAUGGAUUCAGAACCAGAUGAUCACUGAGAACCAGUUAGCGGGUUUAGCCUGUCCUGGUCCCGAUGUGUGCUGCCUGUCUGCAACUCCACCGGGGUCAUCACAAAACUUUCGCAGAUGACCGGGAUGGACAGGACGAGAACCUGGGCGGACUUCCGCUUUUUCAUGUUGGACACGUAGGAACCAGGAGGAGUCACAGGGGGCCGUAGGAGAAGGAGGGCGGAGGGUUGCCCAGGGUUACUGUUAUUCACUUGUUUUGUUUGUCGGUGUGAAUAAUGGGCCUGUGUGUACAGUCGCAGUGGGUCCCCCCCCCCCGCCACCCGGAAGCACGUGUCGGACUGCUUCUUUCUCCUUGUCCCGCAGUGGCGCCGCCUGGCGCCACGGAGAUGCAUCGUUGUGUCAAAACCUCAAAUAUCAUCCUGAAGUAAACUUCA